AUGGCCCGGCCUCGAGCCGAUACCGGGAAUUUCCCAAAGGAGCCGCACUCCGUGUCUUUGAAAGGAUCCUGGUCAUCGUUCUCAUCCAACCUGUGUAGGCUCUCGCGUCCAUCCCUAGCGCUACAACACCCUCUACCGCGGGAAAGUGAUGCCAAAAUUCCACAUGUAGCAUCCCUGGCGUACCCAUCCGAAGCGGUCGACCAGGAAUUCAUCCUAUCCAACAAUCUUGCUCUGCCACCUUCAUUUGGUUCCGCCCAUGUCGGCGAGACUUUCUCUUGUGUCUUGUGUGCCAACAACGAAAUCCUGCCGGGUAAUGCAUCCAAAACAGUCUCUGGGACCAAGAUCCUCGCCGAAAUGCAGACGCCAUCUCAGUCGAUUCCUUUGGAUCUCCACUCGGCUGGCACCCAAGAAGACAACCAGAUCGGGCCUGGAUCCGCAUUGCAAAGGAUCAUCCGCUUCGAUCUGAAAGAAGAAGGCAACCACGUUCUGGCUGUCAACGUAACGUAUACCGAAACGAUAUCGGGUGAUGGCCAAGCAACCGGUGGAAGAGUGAGAUCUUUUCGAAAGUUGUAUCAGUUUCUUGCUCAGCCCUGUCUGAGUGUUCGGACCAAAGCCACUGAGCUGAGACCAAUCGAGGUGCCCGACGAGACUGGUGGACCUUACGGCAGAACAACGUUGAUGCGGUAUGUGUUGGAGGCUCAGUUGGAGAAUGUUUCCGAUAUGAUGGUUGUUCUCGAAGAAAGCAAGCUUCUAUCAAAAGCGCCGUUCAAGUCCACCUCUCUGAACUGGGAUGCUGAAAAGGACAGUGAUCACAAGCCGGACAACCCGAUUGUCAACCCUCGAGAUAUUCUUCAAGUUGCUUUUCUCGUUGAACAGGCAGAUGGCGUGCAGGAAGGAGUAGAGGAUCUGAAGAACAGCAUGAAACUAGAUGGAAGGGUGGUCCUUGGCCAGCUUGCCAUCAAGUGGCGCACUUCCAUGGGGGAGCGCGGCUCUUUGAGCACUGGCAGCCUCUUGUCACGACGCAGAGUGGUGUAA